AUGGAGGAGGUGGAGGAGGAGGAGGAGAAGAGAGGGGGGAUGCAGAUGGGGGAGGACCUGCUGUUCGAGGUGCUGAGGCACGCAGAUGCAGGGACGCUGGCGCGGUCGGCGUGCGUGAGCCGGCACUGGCGGAGGACGGCAGAGGACGAGCGGCUGUGGGAGGGCGUCUGCACGCGGCAUUGGGCAAACCUCGGCUGCGGCCCGCAGCAGCUCCGCGCCGUCGUGCUGGCCCUCGGCGGCUUCCGUCGCCUCCACGCGCUCUACCUUCGCCCCCUCCUCCGGCAGCCGUCGUCUUCAUCCUCCUCCUCCUCUUUCCCCCCUCUUCCUCUGCCCCCAAUCUCAUCAUCGUCAUCAUCAUCAUCAUCAUCAUCAUCAUCAUCAUCAUCUUCUUCUUCUUCUUCCCCUUCUCCAUCUGCGAGGAAGCCGCCUGCGCCGGCGGCGCGCUGGGGGAAGGACGAGGUUCACCUCUCGCUGUGCCUCUACUCCAUCCGCUACUUCAACGACAAGAUUAGCCCCACCCGAAGGUGA